UUUCACCGGCACACAAACAGAAAUGGCCGCGUCAGAAGCAGUGAGAAAUGUGUUUCUACCUGAAGAUUAUGGUCUUCCUUCCACAUUCCGUUUGACAAACUAUACAAAAUUAAAAGGAUGAGGAUGUAAAGUCCCUCAGGAACAACUUCGCAAAUUCCUGAGUGGACUGGGCGUUGAAAACGGCGAAGGACAAAUUGGAAUUGGACUUGAUUCUUGCGUUCUUCCAACUCGUCACAAGGGUAUUAGUCUCGUGCAGACAACGGACUUCUUUUAUCCUCUCGUGGACGAUCCUUAUCUCCAAGGAAAAAUUGCAUGUGCAAAUGUUUUGAGCGAUUUAUACGCGAUGGGAGUGACUGAUUGUGAUAACAUGUUGAUGUUGUUGGGCGUUAGUAUCGACAUGACUUCCAAAGAAAGAGAGGUCGUGACUUCACUUAUCAUUAAUGGUUUCAAUGAUCUUGCAAAGGAAGCUGGGACGACUGUAAAUGGUGGACAAUCAGUACUCAAUCCAUGGUACAUUAUUGGUGGAGUGGCAUCGUCUGUUGUGUCGUCUUCAGAGUUUAUAAUGCCUGAAAAUGCCGUAGACGGAGAUGUUCUAGUUUUGACCAAACCACUGGGUACACAAAUAGCAGUCAAUGCACAUCAAUGGCUAGAGCAGCCAAAGUAUUGGAAUAAAAUCAAAGAGGUUGUGAGUGAAGAAGAUGUCAAUGCAUACCAAGAAGCCAUGAUGGGCAUGGCACGGUUGAACAGAGUUGCAGCUAAGCUCAUGCACAAGUUUCAUGCUCAUGCAGCCACGGAUGUAACAGGUUUUGGUAUUUUGGGGCAUGCUGGAAAUCUUGCUGCAAAUCAGAAAGCUGAAGUUUCAUUUGUCAUUGAAUCUUUACCAAUCUAUGCACACAUGCAUGCUGUGGCUAAGGCAUCGCCAAUCAACUUUAAACUUGUCGAUGGUUACUCAGCAGAAACCUCAGGGGGACUGUUGAUAGCAAUGACCCAAGAGGAUGCCAAGGGAUUUUGUGAGGCAUUUCUCGUUGAUGAGAGACGGCCAGCUUGGAUCAUUGGUAAAGUUAUCAAAGGCCAGAGAGAUGCAACAAUUUCAAGUGAUGCAAAGAUAAUUGAAGUAUGAAAUAAACAUCAAUUUUUCUGACAAUAAGAAAAAUUAAUUUAUCUGUAUUUGACAAAGUCAAUUAUGAUGUUACCUUGGGAAAAUACACAUCAUGUAACCAAAGGUGAUGGAAAAAAUUUGGGGUUUGGUUGAAUGCUGUUCAGAUGAUUAAAUAAAAACAGAAAUUUGAGAGCCAUGUAAAAAAUAUUUGUUAAAAAAUUAAAGUCAUUUGUAAAUCAUUGGUUCAGUAAAGUUGGUAUGGUAUCACAAA